CCAGAUUCAUUAACAACUGUAUUACAAACAUAACAACUGCAGUGAUUUACUUAACAACUGUGGCAAAAUUCACUUGUUUUGCUUAGCAACAGACAUUUUGGGCUAAAUUAUGGUUGCAACUUGUGGACCACCUGUCCCAACUUUAGCAAAUUGCUAAUGAUUUGUUAACCAUCUUAUUUUAAUAAUUUAUAAACAGAUCUUCAGACAUUUAAACUAAUUGCAAAACAAUAUUUUUUGUUUUUAAAGAGGUCACUUCCUAUGUCAUGCCAAACAUAAUCUUUGGCUCUACUUAUUUGGAAUUAUAGGAAGCUCAAGAGUCAAUAAAUUUCAAGGGCAUCAAGCUAGGGAAGGCUGUUUUUCAAGAAUGUUUACCCGAAGGACAUCUGAUGCUUUUCACUUCAUGCUACAUUGUUCAGAUAAGACUUUCAAGUAUUGCCUAAAUAAGGAAGAAACCUCAGUGAGAUGAAGUUAGCCAUGAGACCAGACUGACACAAGGAAUUCAAAGGGUACAGGGCAUAAGCUGCUUCAUUACCGAACCUUGCCAUCUUUCUAAAAGAACAAAAAAUGAGAAUGAUUUUUCAGGAAUCUUCAAAGAAUGAAGAUGAGGAAGAGGUGGAGGAUGAAGAAGAGGAGGAUGUAAGAGUAUUCUUUAAACCUGUCAUUGAGGAUAAAAACAUGGAACUUGCAAGAAAAUGCACAGAGAUAAUAAGUAAUGUCCAUUAUAAAGAAGAAUAUGAAAAAUCAAAAGGCAGGUGCACACUUGUGCCUGAUACUCCACAGCUGACACAUGUGAAAAAUAUAUCUGCUAUUAUUUCUGAUGCAAAGUACAAAGCAAAGGCUAAGAAAGAACUUUCUAACUCAUUCUACCAGCAAAUGCCUGCUACAAUUGAUAGUGUGUUUGCAAAAGAAAUCAUGAAUCUUCAGAGCAAGGUUCUUUACAAGAAAAAAUAUGAUGCUGAGAAAGGAACAUCGAAUUAUGCACAUAUGAAGGAACUUCCAGAUGUUAAGCAUGCCAUGGAAGUUAAUAAACACCAGAGUAAUGUGUCAUAUAAAAAAGAUCUCCAGGAUAUUCACAAAUAUACUGAAGUUUCCAAUAGACCAGAUAUAAUGAUGGCAACAAAGCUAACAAAGCUAAUAAGCAAUGCUGAAUAUACAAAAGGAAAACAAGAAAUGAGCAAAGAGCCAACUGUACUUGGAAGACUAGACUUUAACCAUGCUCAGAAAGUAUCCAAGUUGUUAAGUCAAGUUAAAUAUAAAGAACAGCUUAUUAAAGAAAUGAAGAAUAAUUGCUUCAAUCCUCUUGAAAGUGCUUUUUUCAAGCAAGCUCAACUGGCUUCUGUAUUGGCAAGUGAUGUAAAAUACAAAAAAGAAAGUCUGGACAGUCUUCAUGAACCAGCAUCUGCAUUUCCAAACCUAUUGCAAUUAGAGCAUGCAUUGAAUGCCAGCAAGAUCCAUAGUAAUUAUGAAUAUAAGAAAGUAUUUGAAAAAACUAAGGGACUCUAUCAUUUUGAAGUGGAUACUGCUGAACAGCUGCACCACAAAGAAAACGCAGUCCUGCAAAGUCAGGUUAAGUAUAAGGAGAGAUAUGAAAAAUCAAAAGGCAAGUCUAUGCUAGAAUUUAUGGACACACCAACAUACCAAGUUUCAAAGGAAGCUCAAAAGUUUCAAAGUGAGAAGAUGUAUAAAAAAGAAUUUGAAGAAAAAGUCAGAGGGAAAGCAGCCUUGGACUUAGACAAGACUCUAGAAUUUUUGCAUGUGAAACACGUAACAGAUCUACUAAAAGAGAAAGAGUAUAGAAAAGAUUUGGAAGAAGGGAUAAAAGGAAAAGGACUGGCAGUACUUGAAGAUACUCCAGAUUUGAUCAGAGUGAAAAAUGCAACUCAGAUACUAAAUGAGAAAGAAUACAGAAAAGAUCUGGAACAGGAAAUAAAGGGAAAAGGAGUGAAACUUAUUUCAGAAACCCCUGACAUCCAAAGAGCAAAGAGAGCAUCUGAAAUUGUUAGUGAGAAAGAAUAUAGAAAAGAUCUGGAAACCAAAAUUAAAGGAAAAGGAAUGCAAGUUGGCACUGAUACUCUUGAAAUACAGCGAGCAAAGAGAGCAUCUGAAAUUGCAAGCCAGAAAGAAUACAAAAAACAUCUAGAAAUGGAAAUUAAAGGAAAGGGAAUGCAAGUGGGCAUGGAUACUCCUGAUAUACAACGAGCAAAGAAAGCUUAUGAACUCGCAAGCCAGAAAGAAUAUAUGAAAGACUUGGAGACUGAAAUCACAGGGAAAGGAAUGCUAAUAGGCCCAGAUAUUCCAGACAUACAGCGAGCAAGGAAGGCAUCUGAAAUAGCUAGUCAAAAGAAGUAUAAAGAUGAAGCAGUGAAGAUGCUAUGUACUUAUUCUGCAGUGCCAAAUACUCCUGAAAUUGAGAGGAUUAAAAAUGCACAAAGAAAUAUCAGUGAUGUACUAUACAAGAAAAGAUUAGGUGCUGGCAUAACAGUAGCAGAGACCCCUGUGAUUGAACAUGUAAAGAAAAAUCAGAAAAAUAUUAGCACAGUUUGCUAUAAAGAGCAGCUUGGUAAAGGUAUUUCAGUGAGUGUCACUCCUGAAAUGGAAAGAGUGAAGAAGAAUCAAGAAAUUAUCAGCUCGGUCAAGUACAGCAGAGAUCAUCAGCAAAUGAAAGGUAGACCUAGCGUGAUUCUAGACACACCCGAGUUAAGGCAUGUCAAAGAAACACAAAACAUCAUCUCAAUGGUCAAAUAUCAUGAAGAUUUUGAGAAGACAAAAGGCAGAGGAUUCACUCCAGUAGUGGAUGACCCUGUAACUGAACGGGUGAGAAGGAAUACCCAAGUAGUUAGUGAUGCUGCAUACAAAGGUGUUCACCCACAUAUAGUUGAAAUGGACAGGAGACCUGGAAUAAUUGUAGAUCUCAAAGUUUGGCGCACAGAUCCUGGCUCCAUCUUCGACCUUGAUCCUUUGGAAGAUAAUAUUCAGUCUAAGAGUCUACAUGUGCUUUUGGAAAAAGCAAGACGUAGCCAAUACCACUUGCGUUCUACCAGUACUUCUGGUGUUGGAGAUGACAAAUCAGAUGAUUCUAUAUUUUCUUACUCCAGUGAGGCAACAAGGCUAUCUAAUGAAGGAGGAGCCCCUGUGCUUCCUGGGGCCUAUCAACAAAAUCAACCCCAAGGAUAUGGUUACAUGCACCAGACUAGUGUGUCAUCUAUGAGAUCAAUGCAUUCGCAGCCACAUUCAGCUAGCUUGAGAACUUAUAGAGCUAUGUAUGACUAUAGUGCCCAAGAUGAAGAUGAAGUUUCCUUCAGAGAUGGUGACUACAUCAUCAAUGUACAACCUAUCGAUGAUGGUUGGAUGUAUGAAUACUGGAGUGGAUUGCUGUUUCUUCUGGGCCACAUUGAGACUAACCUUGUCUAUAAUCUGUUGAUCAUGAGUGACCCUUAUGGGAGUCCGCCCUGAUAUAGGAUAGCUCAUAGCAUUACUGGACUGUGCAAAUCCCAUUACAAGGUAACUGUACAUGAAGAGUAAUAUGUUGUAUAUUUAAAAAGCAGGGUGAUAACCAAUCCAUCAAGUAUUUUUAAAGCAUAUGUUACUAUAAGUACUGAUUUCCCAGAUCUGAAGUUGACUUUUUGCUGCUAAUGGAGAACCAGGGCAAGCUAUAUUCAAUCUUUCCACUCUCCCACCUUCAAAUAUUACCCAUUGCUAUUAAAAUUGGUGAUUUCUUUGCCAUUACUGAAGUAGUUUACAAAUGAACGAAAGGAACAAUUUUCACAGUUCUGAUUUGUCCAUGUGCAAUGCAGCAAUAUUAUUAAAUAGGAUACUGAAUUGCAAGGGGAAAAUGCCAACAAUGGCCACCAGGUCCAUGAUCUCUGCAGCCUAGGCAGCUCCAAGAUGCCCAGCAUAUCACUUUCAUAGUCCUCAAUUUGGGAAUUCUGUGGAAAGAAAGAAAAUAAUGAAUAGAUGGAUGGAUGUUGUAUUGCUGUUGUUGUUGCUGCUUACCUAUCUAAGAAGUUGGGGUAGAAGGGAGAAAAAGGGGAGGCUUAUAAGAGAGCGGCACAUAUGAAAUGGUAGUUGUCCUAUUUAUUUUUUAUGUAAAGAAAUCAAGCAUAAAAGCACUGUCUGCAUGAGAAAGAGAAAGAAAUGGAGAAACAGAUGAAACUGGAUGGCUAAAAGCAUCUUAAGCUUUUAAGAUCAUUCAAUACCUCUAUAUUAGUUUAAAAUGAAUUGUACUUAUCCAAGAUUAUUGAUCAAUUAUGGACAUAUUUAAAUAAAUGUUAGCAAAGCAUUUUCAUAUUAAGUGCUACCUGUACAUAAGGUUGCUUCAUGCAUCAUGCAGGCAAUGUAGUUGCCACCAGAAAUUUCAUUCUUACCUAUUAGACCUCUAUGCCCACAAUGCUAACAAAAUCAUGCAAGGGUAUUUUUCUAUCCAAGGUUUGUUGAUGAAGUCAAAGCUGGUUGGAUUUGCACAUAUUAAGUCAAAACCUGUAAUUUAUAAAUCACAAGUGGCUGAGUUUGCACAAUUAGUUUUACCAAAUCUAAGCAAACGAUAACAUGGUUUAGUGUGAUGCAUGGGAUAUGAGCUCAUCCUCUUUUGAUCAGUCAUUAUAUAGAAAUCUAGUCAUCCCCUCACAGAGCUUGCUUUCAGUGCUGCAGUACUCAUCUAGAGCAUUGCUAUGCCAAAGUUGCUUUCAGUGACAAUUGUAUCAUUUUGUAAUAACUGAAAUAGCCUUUGGAGUGAAUAUUUAUAAGUCUGGAUAACUGGAAAAACAUUUUGAUACCUUCUUGAGAAUCAAAGGCAUAUAGGCAGUCUCCAGGUUACACAAAGGUUUCAUUAUAGGAAUCCAAGUAUAAGAUCAUAAUAGCAGUAAUAAUUUUUCACAUGUACAAAUACGUUGCCUGUCAUUUUUCAGAUUUGCAAAAUGCGGGCUGUCACUCUUUUGUCCCUUUCCAGUCAAAGCUUAUUUGACUGGGUCAAAAUAUCUUGAUCUUUAUUUUCUAUGAAAGAAUAACAGCAAUAUACUCUUCAUUUUAAAUUAUUUCCAGGAAUAAGUAGUGAUAAUCAUACAGGGAAACAGUAAUUUGACUAUAUGUUAUGUGUUUUGAAUAAUAUGUAAUUUAAAACUAUUGGAUAAAUGUUAGCUAGUGUUUAAUUAGUUUAGCAUUUGGUGUAUUGAAACCCAGUUGGUGAUACAGAACUAUUCAAAUCUUCUAGACACAUCCUGCUAGCAAACAUAGGCUUAUAUACGUUACAAAUCACAAAAAAUUAAUCUUUUAUCAACAUUUCUGAAUGUCCUGACUUUAUUUAUUAAUUUUUUGUCACACUUGGAUUUUAUUUCUACUUUUUCCUGAAAGAAAAAAGCACAUUUAUUAAAAAUAUCUUUUUAUUCCAUAAAAAUCUCUUACGCUGUCAACAGUUUUUGAUGACACGUGUGAUUCCUAAGGCUCCAUAUCUAGUCCUUGGGCUUGUGGUUAAAAGGAUCUAGAAUACAUCCUGGCUUGCUACCAUCAUCAAGGGCAACACCUGUAAUAACAAUUCACUUUUUGGUUCAUCCCAAAUAUCCUUGAAUUAAGAAUGUGACAGAGAGAGGGGUAUCAAGGCAAACUUAUAUCCAUCUACCCCUUAUUUAACUCCUCUGAAGAUCUUUGUAGAUUGAUCCAAAGGCCUUCACAGAUAUUGGAGACAUAUUUACCCGAGCUUGUUUUAACACUCUCUCAAUUUUAAUCCAGACAAAGCAAUGUUUCACAUAGACUGAACUGGAGGCAUUUCUAUUACUGUCUCCUGAAAUUUGAUAAAUAAUGUGCAAAGAUCUGCAGAGGUAAUCCGAAGUGCCCACUCUUGCUUCUACUGUUCUUUUUACCUUUACAUGGGGAUGUUAUCUCAUUGUAAUAGAGUACACUUUUAUAUUCUGCCAGGUUGCUUCCUACUGCAGGCUUUGUUCUUAUUGGAUAGUUGGCCGAGGGAAGAGAAAAUAUUUAAUAUCUACCCAUCUACAAAGAAUCGAACAUAAAAGAAAGAAGCAAGUUGGAGCAGAGUGCAUCAUGAUUAAUAUUGCAUCAGUAGAAUGACUGUGAUAACUCAGCUUUCAUUAACAAAAAUGACUUAAUUCUCAGGUUUUCUGCUCUGCCUUCCUAUGUCUCUUUAAAAUUCAGGCUGAAAUCUGCUUCAAACUUUCUUUCUGUCUGUUUCCCAAUUUUUUCUGAUAAUAUUCCAAUAGUUGUUUUGUCAUUAAAAAAAAUUCUAGUCCUCCCCCCAUGUUGCUAUAAAAGCAAAAAAGAAUUCUCCUCCCUGAUGCUCUACUGAAGGUUAUAUUUAAUUGAGCAUCUUACAGACCAGCCACCUGUUUAGAUGGUAUUGCCAAUCCAAAGGAUUUGGUUCCUAGGUUUUUCUGAAAAGCAGUGCUUUUUCUUUUUUAAUGUCAAGAGUUGGUAUUCCUGUUUCAAUAGGUUUUCCUAAACCAUUGAAUACUUUUUCAAUUAAGUUUCUGGUCUCCCUUUACUUAAAAUAAAAGUAUCAUGAAAGAUAAUAUCAUUUAGAUACAACCAAGGUGAUUAAAUUCUGAAAAUAAUUUUAAAAGGAAAAUAAAAAGAAGUAAAACUUUCUGUUUCUGAGUCUCAAAAUACCCAUUUCUUCUCUGAAGUGAAACAUCAGUCUUUUAGAAUAGUCAAAUUUGCAUUUUUCUUGCUAAAUAUUUGGAGCUAAUUUUUCAUUCUGUCUAUACAAUUAUUGGACACUCAGAGGAACUUUAUAUUAGAAAAUAUUGUAUCUAUCAUGCAAUCACAUUGAAACUGAAAAUAUGUUAUUUUGAAGCAAUCAUUAAGUUAUCUACUGUACCACAGCAAAUAUGUGUACUUAAACAUUGCAAAGUAUGAAUUGAUUAAAACACCAGAAAUAAUUUUAUUGAUUGUAUUUGAUUAGCAUGAUAUGAAGCUCAAUCUACUAUUUUUGAAGUUUAUAAAGAGCAAAAAACAAAUUACUGUUGUAGUAUAAUGUACUGUUCCUUCAAAUGUAAAUUCUUUGUUAUUUUUCACAAUUGUAUGUUAUUUGGUUAUAAGAAAUUAUGAAAAACCAUUGAUGCUUAAUGGAAUGAGGACUUUCAAUGGAUCAGAUAAUAUAUUUUAUCAGAUAAAUAUAUUUUACUUGAAAUGCUUUAAAUUCUGUUUUCCCCAGCUCACUGUGAAUAAAGCAACAUUUUGUUACCUGAAGUUUGAGCCUAUGCAACCUAAUAUCUAUUUGGUUCUGGUCAAAUAAUUGCAGUUAACAUACAAUGGCAUUGAAAUAAAAUACACUAUUAAAGCUUC